CGGUGGCAUGCGUGUACUAAAGCAGUUGGAUGGAUCUUUCCGGGAAUGCUUAACAUGAGAGCCGUGCUAGAUGGAGAUCCACAUGUUCAGUCGGAAGAUCUCAUGUCAUGAGCUCAGGUGAGAUGCUUCCUUGCUGACUGAACCGAAACCCGCCAUGGAUCCCGUGCAGCCUGCAUUGCUAGCCAUGCGACGCUCGCAGCUUGGUGCCGCACGGAAGUCCGAAAUGCGCAAGAGCUCUCAGCCUUUUGGCGUUGCAGCGAAUGAAUGAUUCUGCAAAUCGAAUGAAAAAAGUGGUACCAUACCACACCUCAUUUUGAAGCGACACAACACCACGUUGCUGCCGUUCAUCUCCACUCAUUUCCACCCAUCUCCUCUCAUCCCAUUCCCCCUUCGACCUCAUCCAUGGCUGACAAGGCAGCAAAACGCGCUAAAUUCGAAGAGGCAUGGACGCGCAUCCGGGAUGAACUUCUCGCGUACGCGACUGGCGAGGGCAUGCCGGCUGAGGCAAUCGAGUGGUUUAAGAAGAAUCUGGAUUACAAUGUCCCCGGUGGUAAACUCAAUCGCGGAAUGUCCGUCGUGGACACUGCUGAGAUCCUCAAGGGC